UUUUUUCAUUGCUUUAAAGCUGCACCACCGAGGCGAAACGGCGACCUCAGUCGAUUACCUUUCUUUCCUUUGCUAUCCAAUGGAUAUUCACUGCAAAGCAGACCCCUUCUCGGCGAUGCACCGGCACGGCGGUGUGAACCAGCUCGGCGGGGUGUUUGUGAACGGCAGACCCCUCCCGGACGUGGUGAGGCAGCGGAUCGUGGAGCUGGCCCACCAGGGCGUCCGGCCCUGCGACAUCUCCAGACAGCUACGGGUCAGUCACGGCUGUGUCAGCAAAAUCCUCGGCAGGUACUAUGAAACCGGCAGUAUUAAACCCGGAGUCAUUGGUGGCUCCAAACCAAAGGUUGCAACCCCGAAAGUGGUGGAUAAAAUAGCAGAUUAUAAGCGCCAGAAUCCAACCAUGUUCGCUUGGGAGAUAAGGGACCGACUACUGGCUGAGGGCGUCUGCGACAACGACACUGUCCCCAGCGUUUCAUCCAUCAACAGGAUUAUCCGCACCAAAGUCCAGCAGCAAUUCCACCCUUCCCCUGACGGAUCUGUCACGCCGCUCUCCACGCCCGGUCACACCAUAGUGCCCAGCACAGCCUCCCCCACUGUGACCAGUGCCUCCAACGAUCCCGUAGGAUCCUACUCCAUCAACGGCAUUCUGGGUAUCCCCCGCUCCAACGGCGAGAAGAGGAAACGAGACGAUGUUCUCUGGAGUGGCAACCACUUGGAUGGGAGGAAAAUAGGACAUUAUGGCUCUGAUGGCUCAGGCCCGGGCAGCGACUCUCAGGGCAGUGUGGAGAGUUUAAGGAAGCACCUGCGAGCAGACGCCUUCACCCAGCAGCAGUUGGAAGCUCUGGACCGUGUGUUUGAACGCCCGUCUUACCCCGAUGUUUUCCCCCCUUCAGAGCACAUCAAACCCGAGCAGGCGAAUGAGUACUCGCUCCCGUCUCUGAACGCUGGCCUGGAAGACGUGAAGCCGAGCCUUUCCAGCAGCGGCAGCUCCGACCUCGCCUCCAGUGUCUCCCAGAGCUACUCUGUUGUGACAGACUCUCACCCAUCAUAUCCACCUUCCAUGUGUGUAAAGCGGGAGCCCCAUGAGGCAUCCUUUGCCCCCUUCACCCCCUCCUCUGUUGGGGACUCUGUUCUAGCUGACAUCUUGUCCCACCAGUCCAGCCUCUCUGUAGAUGCCUCUACUCCCAGCUACCCUGCCCAUGCCCAUGUCUCCUGCUACAGCCAGUAUGCCAGCCAGCCUUUAAUAGCAGGUCGAGACAUGGCCAGCACCACCUUACCUGGCUACCCGCCUCACGUCCCCCCCACGGGACAAGGCAGCUACCCCACCUCUACACUCGCUGGAAUGGUUCCUGGAGGGGACUUUUCUGGAAACCCUUAUUCUCAUCCACAAUACACCACUUACAACGAAGCAUGGCGGUUCAGCAAUCCAGCAUUACUAAUGCCGCAUCCCGUGGCUCCGCACCUCCCACUGCUGCCACUGCAUACGACCGCCACUAGUUACCAUGGAGACCAAUUCAAACUGCAGGGCCAGGGCUUUGGCGUCCAUAUUGUCCCCGUCUGAGAUACACUGAGGUCAAAGGGAAGCGAGGAGGAAUCCUAAAGGAACCCCCAACCCCCCAACAGGAAGGAUCGGCGAGGUCGAAGCCGAUGCAACUAGCCCAGCUUCAGCGUUACACACACUUUGGGCCAAAAGGGCCCGCGGGCGUUCAGAACUCAACCAUCAUGCCCUCACUGUCUCACAGGCCUGAACAUUUCCAGAAUGACUUUAAGAGAUUAUAUAAAUAUAUAUAUUAUAAAAUAUAAAUUGAAGAAAAACAGUGUGAAGAAUACCAUGUGGAAACAAUGUUGUGGGUUUUUAUUUUUGUUUCUUUGUUGCUGUUGUUGUUGUUGUUAUUUUAUUCAUGGAUCCUCACAUUCCUUUACUUAAUGAACUGCAGUAUUUUUCUGCUCUAAAGAGAGAAGUCCAGGGGAGACGAGAAUGGUUCCAUAGCUUGAUGAUGCAGAGACUUGAGCCAGUGUUGGAGGGCCCCUCUGACACUUAAUGAGAUCCUGGCUCCACACUGUAGGGCGGGCUUUACUCUGGUGCUUUGACUAUGUCUUCUGCUCCCAUUUCUUCAGUCCCGCCGACAUUAUCAGCAUGUCCUACAACAUUUACUGACCCUAUAGACCAAUGGCAACUUCACCCUCCCUGUGGCAAACAAUCAGAUGUAAAAAAAAAUGUAAAUCGUUUUUUCAAAGUAUUAAAAACAUGGCGACCUUAUACUUAAAAUGGUCUGGACAGAAUUUUUAAUACUUUAAAUUAUUUUUUCUGUCACUAUUUUUAAUGUAAAAAAAAGGUAUCAAAGAUUUUUCAGAGUAGUUGUUUUGUCACAUUUCCCUCAUUUUCCAGUCAUGUUCAUGUCCAUGCACGAUCGUCCUUUUGCUCUUUUUUUGCACUAUAACCUCAGCUUAUUUGAUUUAUUUGGCACAUUCUCUUAAAAUUAAGAUUAAUUAACCUACCCAGUUAGAGCAUAAGUUAAACAUAUUUACGUUGCAUAGGUGUAAAAACACAAAGCAGACAGACAGACAGUUGUGAUUUUGAGUAAAUAUCUUUUUCAGAGUUUCUGAGGAGUUUGUAAGCCAUAGCUCUUUGGCUACAUGAACAAAUCUUUCAGUUCUCUUGGGUUAUACUUUAUUCAGCUACUUAGUCAUACCACUAGAUGCCUACACAGUUUAGAAAGCUGUCCGCAGUUGAGCAAAACAACUGUAAAUUAACUUCAACAAUUGCCUUACAAACCUGUUUUUCCAAACUAAAUUCAUGCCUGUUCAAUGAAAUUAAUUGCCUUUACAAACACAUAUUCACCACCACCCUCCUCGAUUUACGUUCAACUCUCCACAAGGACUGAAAGAAAA